AUAUCAAAAAAAAAAAAGAAAGUAAAUAUACAAACAAAAAACUAAAAAAAUGAGUAUAAUAAACAAAUAUAAUCCUUCUCCAAACCGUUCUGUGAGUCCAAUCCAUUAUGUGAAACCAUCUUCAUAAUUCUACAUUAAUAAAAUAUCCCCAUCCUAAAAACAAGUAUAUUAUAAAAAAAUGAAUACAAGCCCCUAAAGGAACAUCACUACAUUUUAACAAGACGAAGUAGAUUUAUGGAAAAGUCGUUGUAAUGAACUAGAAUCUUCCUUAUGUUAAGUAAAUACUGAUUUAGAACUAGCUAAUUUUAAAGCUAAGAAAGCUAAAGAUUUAGAAAGUCAUGUAGAUGAGAUAUUAAAGUAGAAUGCUAUACUAAUAGGUGAGAAUAAUUAAAUAUCAAAAUAAUUUUCAUAAUAACGUACUGAAUCUGACAUAUGGAAGAAUAAAUAUGAGACUCAAAUGAAUACAAUAAUCUAACUAAAAGCAAACUACGAGAACGAAAUAAAGAAUUUAACAAACCAACUAUAAUAACAAAAGAAACUGUAUGAUUUAUUACAACAAGAAAAAUGUAAUGAAGCUUAACAAAGUAAAUAAUAAUUAAUGGAUGACAACUAAACUUAAAUCGAGUCUAUCAAAAGAUCUCAUUUUUCGAAUAUUUCCCUUUACGAGGAAUAAGUUAGGAAAAUAAAAGUCAUUAUAGAUGAUAGAGAAAAGGAAAAUAAUGAACUAAAAGAAAAAAUUCAAGAAAUAAAUGACUAUUGGGAAUCAGAAAGUUUAAGAAUUAAUGAUGACAAAGAAAAACUUAAAUCGAAAAUAGUCUAAAAUGACCUUGAUCAUUUAAAUGAAAUCGAAAAUCUCAAAAGAAGGUAUGAGUAUUUAUCAUUAGAGUAGGUGAAUUCCCUUAAAUAAUUGCAUUAGAGUGAGCUUGAUGUUUUAGAAAGUGAAUUGAAUAAGUUAAAAAAUUUACUCGAAAUUAAAAAUUAAGAAAUUUAAAACCUUAUUAAUUAAAAUAAAUUACAAAAAAAGAAUUUCGAAAAUGAACUUGAAAGCAUCAGGAAUGAAAACUAGGCUCUUAAAGAUAAAAUACUAGAAAAUAAUAUGAUUAAAGAAUCAGAAAUUAACGAUUUAUAAGAUAAACUAGCCUCAUUGCAUACUACUGAUAUUUAAUAAUUGAAAAAGCUUCAUGAAAAUCAAAUAAAUUCACUUACUUGUGAAAAUUAAGACCUAAAAAAACUACUCUAGUCUAAAAUAGAGGAAUUAAAUAACUAAUUAAAAGAAAAAUAAAAUCAAAGAGAUAUCUAAAACUCUGCUAUGGACCGUUUAAACAGUGAAAUAUAAACACUAAAGUUAAAUCAAUAAGUACUAGAGGAAGAUAAAAAAAGAGAUUACGAAGAAUAUACAAAAUCUUUAGAUAAAGCAAAUUAAACUCACUAAGAAUUUUAGUAAUAACAAUUAAAAUAAAUUUAAUUUUUAGAAGGAGAAAUAGAAAAAAUAAAAGAAAUUUUAGUGCAUAAAAAUAAUGAAUUAGAUACUAUUAUUGCAUAACAUAUAGCUGUAAAAGGAAAUUUAGAAGUAGAUAUAAAAAAUUUAAAAAUAAACUAAAAUGAAUUGAUGAAUAAACUAUAAAAUUAAGAAGAAGAAAGUAAUAAAUAAAUGAACGAAUUAAUCGAUAAAUGUAUGUAAAUAGAAGAUUAAAAAAAUGAAAAAUGUAAAAAAUACUAAGCUUAAGUAGGCUAUUUAGAAAACGAAAUAAAAAGAGCAAAAGAAUAUUUAUUACUUAAAAGUGAUGAAAAUGAUAAUAAUCUUUUACAUAGAAAUAUUUAAGAAAAUGAAAAUAAGAAAUUACUUUAAGAAAUGAAUUUUUUAAAUAAACAUUUAGUUGAUUUGGAAAAAUAAAAAGCUUAAGAAAUUUAAGAUUUAAGAUAAAAACUUGAAAAUUCUAACAAUUUUGCUAUUAAUUCUAUUAAAAAUACUCAUUCUAAUUAAAUUGAAAUCUUAUCUACUGAAGUUUAAGAUUUGAAAGAAGUUAUAUCUAUUAAUUAAAAUAAAAAAGGUGGUAUUAAAUAUGAAGGAGAAUGGUUAAAUGGUUUAAGGGAUGGUCAUGGUAUAUAAAUAUGGCCCAAUGGUACAAAAUAUGAAGGCAAUUGGAGUGAGGACAAAAGCACAGGAUAUGGAAAACUAACACACGCAGAUGGUGAUAUAUAUGAAGGAGAAUGGCUCGAUGAUAAAGCAAAUGGAAAUGGAAUUUAUUAUCAUAUAAAUGGUGCUAAAUAUGAAGGAGAAUGGAAAGAUGAUAAAUAAUAUGGGAAAGGUGUAGAAACAUGGCCUGACGGAGCUAAAUAUAUAGGAGAUUAUGCAAACGGAUAAAAACAUGGCAAUGGAUAUUUAUAAUUUUCUGAUAAAUCUGAAUAUAAAGGAGAUUUUAAAAAUAAUGUUAUUUAAGGAUUCGGGGUUUAUAAAUGGCCUGACGGAAGGGUAUAUGAAGGAUAAUGGGUUUAAAAUAAAAUGAGUGGAUAAGGAACUAUAAAAUGGCCUGACGGGAAAAUAUAUAAAGGGAAUUAUGAAGAUGAUAAGAAAUAAGGAUUUGGUAUUUUUUAAUGGGUUGAUGGAAGAAAAUAUAUAGGAAAUUGGAAAUAAGGAAAAUAACAUGGAUUAGGUUUGUAAAUAUCAAAAGAUGGAGAAAAAAAAUAUGGAGAAUGGUAUGAAGGAAAAAGAAUUAAAGUUUUUACAAGCGAUGAGAUAGAGAAACUUAAAUAAGAAGGUAAAUUAAAUUUUUAAGAUUGA